CGAAAAAUGAGGUGACUGGGUCCGUGCUCGUAUGUAACACUGUACUCACGCUCUGCACAUUUAAAUGCUCAAAUAUUCACUUAAUAUAUGCAUAGACCAUUGUCACGUCGUCGGAAGUCGCGUCCUGCCCAGGUGCGCGAGACUCCAGCGGGCCUUCUUGCGGCGCUCGGGUCGGGGUCCAGGUCCGGGCGUGCAACAGAAGACGUCAGUGGCCCCGCUGGCUAAAAAAGGGCAAGCGUCGGAGGCUCGAGCCAGCGGCCACGGCGCCUCCCAACAGUUCCUAAUUCGGGGCGCUCUGCUGGCCCCACCACCUGUUCCCGGCAGCCAAUGGGGCCGCGGGGGGCGGCCGGGGCGGAGCGCGGCUACAAAAGGCCGCGGGCCCAGCGCACCCGCCCAUCACGCUCCGGGCGCGCUCUCGGGGAGGCUUGGACCGACGCGGCCCAGGCCAGGAACAUUCCGUGCGUGGACCAGCCGGGUCGGGGCGAUGCUGCGGGUGCGGUGUCUGCGCGGCGGGAGCCGCGGCGCCGAGGCGGUGCACUACAUCGGGUCUCGGGUGCGUGCGCCACCGGCCUCGUCUGGCGGCCGCGUGACUCACUCGGUCUUGAGGGUGGCGUGGAGCACCCGCUCGCUCCCUCCACAGAGCCGCCGCCUUCCCUCGCUUUCCCCAGCCAGAAUUGCACGAGAGUGUCCCUUCUGGUAUCUCUGGGAAGCUCAGCUUCAAGAGCCUUUGCAGGCUCCAGGAGCUGGGCGGCGUCCCCGGGUCGGGGGGAACUUGCGUUGCGGCUCCACCCCUUGGGGUCCACUUGCUGUCUCCGCGUCUGCGGCCUGCUGGCCCACGGUCCUCUACCGGACCUUGGUGCGCUGCACCAAGCUUCCCGCUCGGAGCAAGGGGCUGGGAUGACGGAGGCUCCUCUUAGUAAAAGGCUUGGACGAACCUUGACGGGAUGGGUGCAGCGAACUUUCCAGAGCACCCAGGCAGCUACGGCUUCCUCCCGGAACUCCUUUGCAGCUGACGACAAGGCCACUGAACCUCUGCCCAAGGACUGCCCUGUCUCUUCUUACAACGAAUGGGACCCCUUAGAGGAAGUGAUAGUGGGCAGAGCAGAAAAUGCCUGUGUUCCGCCGUUCACCAUCGAGGUGAAGGCCAACACAUAUGAAAAGUACUGGCCAUUUUACCAGAAGCAUGGAGGGCAUUAUUUUCCCAAAGAUCAUUUGAAAAAGGCUGUUACUGAAAUUGAAGAAAUGUGCAAUAUUUUAAAAAUGGAAGGAGUGACAGUGAGGAGGCCUGACCCCAUUGACUGGUCAUUGAAGUAUAAAACUCCUGAUUUUGAGUCUACGGGUUUAUACAGUGCAAUGCCUCGAGACAUCCUGAUAGUUGUGGGCAAUGAGAUUAUCGAGGCUCCCAUGGCAUGGCGUUCACGCUUCUUUGAGUACCGAGCGUACAGGUCAAUUAUCAAAGACUACUUCCACCGUGGCGCCAAGUGGACAACAGCUCCUAAGCCCACAAUGGCUGAUGAGCUUUAUGACCGGGAUUAUCCCAUCCACUCUGUAGAAGACAGACACAAAUUGGCUGCUCAGGGAAAAUUUGUGACAACUGAGUUUGAGCCAUGCUUUGAUGCUGCUGACUUCAUUCGAGCUGGAAAAGAUAUUUUUGCACAGAGAAGCCAGGUUACAAACUACCUAGGCAUUGAAUGGAUGCGUAGGCAUCUUGCUCCAGAUUACAGAGUACAUAUCAUCUCCUUUAAAGAUCCCAAUCCCAUGCAUAUUGAUGCUACCUUCAACAUCAUUGGACCUGGUACUGUGCUUUCCAACCCUGACCGACCAUGUCACCAGAUUGAUCUUUUCAAGAAAGCAGGAUGGACUAUCAUUACUCCUCCAACACCAAUCAUCCCAGACGAUCAUCCACUCUGGAUGUCAUCCAAAUGGCUUUCCAUGAAUGUCUUAAUGCUAGAUGAAAAACGUGUUAUGGUGGAUGCCAAUGAAGUUCCAACUCAAAAGAUGUUUGAAAAGCUGGGUAUCACUACCAUUAAAGUUAACAUUCGUAAUGCCAAUUCCCUGGGAGGAGGCUUCCACUGCUGGACCUGCGAUGUCCGGCGCCGAGGCACCCUGCAGUCCUACUUGGACUGAACAGGCCUGAUGGAGCUUGUGGCUGGCCUCAGAUACACCUAAGAAGCUUAGGGGCAAGGUUCAUUAUCCUGCUUUGAAAAGUGCAUGAACUGUAGUGCUUUAAACAAUCAUCUCCUUAACAGGGGUCGUAAGCCUGGUUUGCUUCUAUUACUUUUCUUUGACAUAAAGAAAAUAACUUCUGCUAGGUAUUACUCUCUACUCCUAAAGUUAUUUACUAUUUGGCUUCAAGUAUAAAAUUUUGGUGAAUGUGUACCAAGACAAAAAUUAGUCACCUGAGUAACUUGGCCACUAAUAAUUAACCAUCUACCUCUGUUUUUAAUUUUCUUUCCAAAAGGCAGCUUGAAAUGUUGGUCCUAAUCUUAAUUUUUUUUUCCUUUUCUAUAGACUUGAGAAUGUCUUUCUCUAAAUGAGAGAAAGACUUAGAAUGUACACAGAUCCUAAAUAGAAUCAGAUAAUCUCUUUUUUUUUAUAAAGGAGAGAAAGACUUAGAACAUACACGGAUCCUAAGUAGAACCAGGUAAUUGUCUCUUUCUAAUAAGGAAUUUGGGUAAUUUUUAAUUUUUUGUUUUUUAAAAAAUAACCUAGACUAUGCAAAACAUCAAAGUGAAUUUUCCAUGAAUGUUUUUAAUAUUCUCAUCUCAACAUUGUGAUAUAUGCUACUAAAAACCUUUUCAUAUACAUCUUACCUCAUUUCAAGUGAAUUAUUUUAAUCUUUUCCUCGCUUUCCAAAAAUUUACAGGAAUGUUUAGUGUAAUUGGAUUUCGCUAUCAGUUCCCAUCCUUAAGUUUUGAUAUUCAAUAUCUGAUAGAUACACUGCAUCUUUGGUAAUCUAAGAUUUGUUUACAAAUGUGCAAAUUAUUUAGAGCAUAGACUUUAUAAGCAUUAAAAAAAACUAAUGGAGGUAAAACCUAUAUGCGAUGUGAAAUAAUUUUAGUGUUGAUACCGUAUGUGUAUUUUUAUUCUAAUAAACUUUUGUGUUCCAGACUGAA